ACGCUGCUGGAGAAGCUGAAUGAGUCUCUGAACAGACCUGGAUCCAGACUGGCUGCUCUGACCCUGCUGGGUCACCUGAUCAGGAAACAGCCUCCCUGGGUUCAUCACAUCAGCCGCUCCGCCCUGCUUCCCUCCCUGCUGCGCCUCCUCAAGACUGAGACGGACGUGGUGGUCCUGAUCACGGGAGUCCUGGUCCUCAUCACCCUGUUACCCAUGAUCCCUCAGGCCGGGAAACAACACAUCUAUGACUUCUUCGACGUGUUCGGACGCCUCGCCUCCUGGAGCUACAAAAACCCUGGUCAUGUCCCUGUGGUCCACCUGGUCCACCUGCAUGCAGGUGUGUACUCCCUGUUCCACCGUCUGUACGGGAUGUUCCCCUGUAACUUCAUCUCCUACCUGCGGCUGCACUACAGCAUGAAGGAGAACCUGGACACCUUCCAGGAGGUGGUCAAGCCGAUGUUGGAACAUGUCAGGGUUCACCCGGAGCUGGUCACAGGGACUCAGGACUAUGAACUGGACCCGUCCAGGUGGAGGUGUUAUGAAGUCCAUGACAUCAUCAUCGAGUGCUCCCGAGUGUCUCUGGAUCCUCUCGAGUCUUCCUGCGAGGAGACAUUUACUCCUCCCUCAGAGACCCUCCCCCCUCCCCCUCCCCCUGCCCCUCCCCCCUGCUUCACCUGAACCUUCACCUGCAGUCCUCAGCCCUCCGACACCAUCAGCAGCUCAGGAAGUUCAGUUUGUCCUCCACCACCGUCUGGACGUCAGCUGACACUCAACACCUCCUUCAUACAGGU